GACUUGCCGGCCAUUGAUCCUGUGUAUUGCUGGGAAGUUUUGCUAAGCUGAAGGCCUAGAUCAGUUUGCGGAGACAUCUGGAUGCAGCCCUUGAAGGACACAGGCAUGAAUUCGGCUUCUGUGACACUUGCCAGCGCCCUGCAGGUCCGGGGUGAAGCUCUGUCUGAAGAGGAAAUCUGGUCCCUCUUGUCACUGGCUGCUGAGCGGCUCCUGGAAGACCUCCGUAAUGAUUCCUCGGACUAUGUGGUCUGCCCCUGGUCACUCCUGCUUUCUGCAGCUGGAAGUCUUUCUUUCCAAGACCACGUUUCUCACAUAGAGGCUGCGCCAUUCAAGGCUCCUGAACUGCUACGGGGACCAAAUGAGGACGAGCAGCCCGAAGCAUCCCAGAUGCAUGUCUAUUCCCUAGGGAUGACUCUCUACUGGUCAGCAGGGUUUCGUGUUCCACCAAACCAGCCCCUGCAGCUUCGAGAACCCGUACACGCCCUCCUGCUGGCCAUGUGUGAAGACCAACCUCGAAGACGGCGGCCACUGCAGGCCAUUCUGGAAGCCUGCCGGGUUCGUCAGGAAGAAGUGGCGGUGUACCCAGCCCCUGCCAGUCUCCACGUCAGCCGGCUGGUGGGCUUGGUGCUGGGCACCAUCUCCGAGGUGGAGAGAAGAGUUGUAGAGGAAGGUGCCUGUGAGCAGCAGAGCAGAAGCUACUUUCUCAGGAGCAAGCUGCAUCGGGCUGGCAGUGAGAGCCCUGGUGCUCGGGCCUCUGAUGGUCUGCAGCCUCGAAGAAUUUCAGAGAGAAGCACAGAGACACAGAGCUCCUCGGAGCGACGCGGGAGCACCACAGCACACAGUCGGUGCAGCUUCGUUAAUGGUGCUUUUGCAGGUGCGGGUCCCUGUGACUGUGAGGAAGGCCUGCAGUGUGGCUCAGGGCCUAUACUCUUGGCGGAAGCAGAAAGCUCACAGCCAGCAACAUCUUCUCCAAGGAAUUUCCUACAAAGAAAGGGAAAGUUCUCCAGACCAGAGUUCAUUCUGUUGGCUGGCGAGGCCCCGGUGACCCUACAUUUGCCUGGAUCCAUUGUGACCAAAAAAGGGAAAUCCUACUUGGCUCUCAGAGACCUCUGUGUGGUCUUGCUGAGUGGACAGUGUCUGGAGGUGAAGUGUGACAUGGAGUCCACAGCAGGAGUUGUCUUCAAUGCUGUCAUGUCCUUCAUCAACCUUGAAGAGACCACCUACUUCGGUUUGGCUUAUGUGAAAGGUGAAGAGUUCUUUUUCCUGGACAAGGACACCAGAUUGUGCAAAGUCGCCCCAGAAGGCUGGAGAGAACAGCACCCGAAAGGUUCCAUGGAUACUUUGACUCUCUUCCUGAGGAUAAAGUUCUUUGUCAGUCACUAUGGGCUGCUCCGGCACAGCCUGACAAGGCAUCAGUUUUACCUGCAGCUUCGGAAAGACGUUUUAGAGGAGCGGCUGUACUGCAGUGAGGAGACACUGCUGCAGCUGGGGGUGCUUGCCCUGCAGGCUGAGUUCGGCAGUGCUCCUAAGGAGCAGGUGGAGAGUAAAGCAUAUUUCCGAAUUCAAGAUUACAUCCCAGCAAGGCUUAUUGAGCAAAUGACAGCAAUCCGGGCCCAAGUAGAAAUCUCCGAGAUGCACCGGCUCAGUUCUGCACCUUGGGGAGAAGAUGCUGAGCUGGAGUUCUUAGAGGUUGUUCAGCAACUCCCAGAAUAUGGAGUCCUGGUUCAUCGAGUUUUUCCAGAGAAGAAGAGACCAGAAGGGAAAAUGGCCUUGGGGGUCUGUGCCAAAGGUAUCAUAGUCUACGAGGUGAAGAGCAGCCGCAGGAUCGCGAUAUCACAGUUUCCAUGGAGAGAAACUGGGAUGAUUUCAACUCAUAAAAAAAAGCUCACCCUCACCAGCAGCAUCACUGGGAAAAAGUACACCUUUUUCACCGACUCAGCCAAGACCUGUAAAUAUUUGCUGAGCCUCUGCUCUGCCCAGCACUGGUUUAAUGCACAGAUGAGCUCCGGGCAGCCUCCUCAUCUUUUAAGUGAUCAGUUUAAGUUUGUACAAAUAGCCAACUUGAAUUCUGCACACCAGACACAGACUGACCCUCUCACUUGGGUUCAGAAACUGUCAUCCUCGGAAAACGAGCUGUGUGUGCCCAGGUUGCAGAAUGCCAUGGGAGGCCGACUGAGCACAUCCGUGGAGAGCAUGCAAGGCAGCAAGAAGAUCGGGAUGGAGGGAAUCAGAAACAGCCCUUACAUUGGCCAAGAGCAGCUGAACAGCGUCAGUUUGAUCCAAAAGCCAACUCAGAAUCUCUCUGGGACAGCUGUUCAGAGCAUGCGCACAGAGUCACAGAAUAGCUGGAGGAAGAACUAUGCGGAAGAACCCAACCCAGACAUCGUGUGUGUGACAUUGAAGCGUGAUCCACAUCGUGGUUUUGGUUUUGUCAUUAACGAGGGAGAAGAUGCAGACCAAGCAAAGCCAGGCAUUUUCAUAUCUUCCCUUAUACCUGGGGGACCAGCAGAAAAGGCUAAAAAGAUCAAACCAGGAGGGAAGAUACUAGCCUUGAAUCACAUCAGCCUGGAGGGCUUCACAUUCAACAUGGCUGUUAGAAUGAUCCAGAAUUCUCCUGACAACAUAGAAUUAAUCAUCUCUCAGUCAAAAGGUGUUUGUGGAAAUAGCUCCAGUGAAGAAAAGAACAGCACAACAAGUUCUGGCAUGUUCUGUACAGACAUCCUGAGCAAUGGGCACCAGGAAAGAGAGUCAGCACACACAUAUGACCAGGACAGAAAUGUCAGAGGACCGGAAUUGGCUCAGGCCGCUGGUUAUUGUCCUCCAUCACCUCUAGAAACCAACGCUGGUGAAAUCUACUUCGUGGAGCUCGUUAAAGAAGAUGGAACACUUGGAUUCAGCGUGACUGGUGGCAUUAAUACAAGUGUACCUCAUGGAGGAAUCUUCGUGAAAUCCAUCAUUCCCGGAGGCCCGGCUGCCAAGGAAGGACAGAUCCGACAGGGUGACCGGCUCCUGCAGGUGGAUGGAGUGAGUCUAAGUGGCCUCACUCACAAGCAGGCUGUGCAGUAUCUCAAGGGUCCUGGGCAGGUGGCACGGCUGGUCUUAGAGAGGAGAGGCCCCAGGGCUGCACCACAGUGUCCUUCUGAUGAUGACAGGAUGGGAGAUGAGCACAUGGCUGUUUCCCUGGUAACAGCCAGGUCUGGCAGACCUGUCAUUUCAGUGACGGAUGGUCCUAAGUUUGAAGUCAAACUGAAGAAGAAUAGCAGUGGUUUGGGGUUCAGUUUCGUGAAGAUGGAGAGAGGAAACUGCGGCCACCUCAAGAGCGAUCUUGUGAGGAUUAAGAGGCUCUUUCCCGGGCAGCCAGCUGAAGAGCACGGAGCCAUUGCAGCUGGUGACAUUAUCCUGGCAGUGAAUGGAAAGUCCAUAGAAGGCCUCGCCUUCCAGGAAGUGCUCCAUUUACUGCGUGGGGCUCCAGAGGAAGUGACUCUCCUCCUCUGCCGACCCCCUCCUGGGACACUACCUGAGUUGGAGCAGGGAUGGCAGACCCCUGAACUAUCAGCAGACCAAAGAUUCGCCAUGGCAACGUGCACUGAAUCAGAGCAGAGCCCCGGCCUAGAUCAAGAGGACAGCUGGAGGGACCUUGCUUCCCUGGACACGGGGGAAGGCCUGGCUCCCAGGCCAGCGUCUUCCUACAAGGCUCUCAGAGAGGUGAAAGGGGACCAAGAGAGGCAGGGAGCCUGGGCCAGGUCCUUGAUGCACCCCAUGGAAUCCCAUCCUCACGUGUGCAAACUCCACCAGGAAGCAGAGGCCCCAGCGUUGGCUACCUCUUUGGAAAAGGAUAUGAGACAGAACUGCUAUUCUGUGUGUGAUAUCAGGAGACUGGAAAGAUUUUCCUUCUCAUCUUCUUUAACCAGAUUAGCAACAGAUAUUUUCUGAGUGGCUCUCUGCAUGUCUGCAGUGCUGUCGAAACACCCUGCUGUCUGCAGUACUGCUCUGUCUCAUCCAAGGCGUGUGUGGCUAUCCUGGGUCCUCCCUGGAAGGCUGAAUCUCUCUUUCACAUCUGUGUGUGCAUCGCCAGAUAAUGAGCCUCACCGGUCCUCUGCCUCCUGUGUCCUUCUUUUGACAUGGGGACUAAAUGUCACUCCAGCAGGCUGCCUAUCUAAACAGAGACUUUAUCAGUGCUUAGAAAAGGACCCGAUGUUUGCACAAAGUGCUUUGAAGGUUGCUCCUAGCUAGCCUCCAUGGGCUCUUUCCUCUAAUCUGGCUGCUGAAAUAGUUCAAACCAUCGGAGUCAAAAUAACAGCAUCUCACUGAUGGCAAACUCACCCCAUGCCAGGAGUCCUGGAAGGCGUAUAAUGUAUAGCAAUCAUUUAAUUAAAACAUUCUAACAAUCCUAAUGAUUUCUCAACCUUCCAGUGUUUCAGAUUAAAAAAAAAAAAAAAAAACAAACUAAGAUUGCAGACAAGUAGUAAACCUACCCAGGGUCUCAGUGUAAAAAGCAGGUCCUAGAAGUGACCCCAGCUCACAGCUUCGCCUGCACUGCUGUGCCUUCCAGCAGCUCCCCAACGGGAGCUCCUGGGUUUCAUAUGCUGAGCUGCCUCGGCUUGCUGCUCGGGCUGUAUUAUUUCUGUGCUGCUCUUGUUCUCAUUAGCUUGAGAGGUUCACCAGCUCAGGGACCAUGUUAUGUGCCGUUUGCAUCCUGAUGCCCUGGGCAUCUUCUGGGCAAGAGCUGUUUGAACCUGGCUGGGUCUUAGGUGAUGAACUAGGAUGAGGAUUUUGAGAGGCAAGGAGAAGGGGAGGGCAGGGAUUUUUUGAUGGAGGCUGCACGACACACAAGUUUCUGUUUUUUAGUCCUGGAUUGGACACAUGUUUUCUGCACGAAACCUCUUCCCUCACCUCGGACGAUGAAGAAUACCUGACCCUCAACUCCACGUUCUCAGGCCAGCUGCCCUGUGAAGAAUGU